AUGAAGCUCCUGCCGCUGACUUUGGCCGCGCUGCUGCUCUUGUCCCAGCUUGCUUCAGGUGAUGCCCAAAGAUGCUGGAGUCAUCAUGGCAAAUGCCGCCAGAAAUGCUCCAGAAAGGAAAAUGUCUAUGUUUUCUGCACCAAUGGGAAAAUGUGCUGCGUGAAGCCCAAGUACAAACCCAAAUCAAAUCCGUGGUUAUUCUGA